UCUCUCUUCUCUUCUUUCAAUUAUUAUUAUUAUUAUUAUUAUUAUUAUUAUUUCUUCUUUUCAGUUUUUAAUUGGCCAUUAAAACCCAUCUCUGAUUUCUCUCUGUUUUUGUGGUCUUCUCCUUUCCCACAUUACAUUCAAAACCUCUGUUCUUCCCCCUUCUCCUUCCCCUUUUCCUUUUCCUUCUUCUUUCUUUACACCUUCUCUCCCAUUCUCCUCAUGUUUUUUUGGAUUAUGAACAAAACCCAUUUCAGGAAUUCUUGAAAAAAGCUCUGCUUUUUUCUCAACAGAACUCUGCCACAAAAGCCUGGAUAUCAAUGGCGAAUUGGAGCAGUGCUUUGAGAAAAAACUAUGGAUUCAGUGAUGAUUUGGAAGAAGAAGAUGUAUGGAAUUCUGUUGAAGGUAAAGAAGAUUCUUCAAAUUUCAUCAGUAGAAAGUCUAGUGACUAUUAUUACUCCUCCUCUUCUUCUUCUUCUUCGUCCUUAUCUUCUUCUUCUUCCACUUGGCGUCUCCCAACUGCUCCAAAAAUGAUCCCGAAAUCCAUUUCAACAAGAGCACAUGAAACCCAGAUGGCGAAUAAUCGAUCCUCUGCUCCGGUGGACAUUCCCGAUUGGUCCAAAAUUUACGGAAAAAUGGGUUCGUCAUCCACCGGGGAUAAAGAUGACGUUAGAGAUCAAGAAGACGGUGAAGAUGAGGAUAUGGUGCCUCCUCAUGAAUGGAUUGCUCAGAAAUUAGCAAGAAGCAGAAUUUCGUCAUUCUCUGUUUGUGAAGGGGUUGGAAGAACUCUCAAAGGAAGAGAUUUAAGUAAAGUUCGAAACGCCAUUUUAACAAAGACGGGUUUUUUAGAGUGAUUCUUUGCUUCUGUUUGAGAGAUCAUCAUCAUCUUCAUCAUUUUGUUCUGUGUUUUCUUGUUUGCUUUACUGCCAUUGUUAUGAGCUUAGUUAGAACAGAGUUCCUUCUUGUUUGUAGCUUUUUUUGGGUAUUUAAAAUGGAGUGGGAACUGUUUCAUGUUCUAUGAUUUUGAGUUAAGAAUGGUGUGUUGAAGUUCUUAGUUUAUAGUGUUGUCCAAUGCAAAUUUUUUUAAUAUAUUAAUUGAUAGAUCUUCUUCUAUC